AUGGCACGAGUACAACAACCUACAAGCACCGCGAAAUCAAAAUCCAAACCUACCAGGCGGUUAAAGUCGAAACCCCGAUCCCUCAGAUCAGGCCGGCCUCCACUACUGUUCCCUUCGCCAACAUCAAACAUUGACAUUUCAAGGCGCACAACCAAAGACACACUCAAAGCGACCACCACCAAAGCCAAAUCCAGUGCCCGGCCAACGCUCUCAUCAAAACACACCCGCACCCUCAUCAACACGCACCACCUCCUGCAAAAGCGUCUAGCCACCGCCCGCGCCCAGGGCGACACCCUCCAGAUCCAGGCCCUCGAAGCCCAGCUCGCAGCCCAAGGCGGCCUCAAGGCGUACCAGCUCGCCAGCCGGACAGGCCAGAGCCGAGACCGCGGAGGCGAUUCCAGCAGACAACUUGUCCGUUGGCUCGAGGCGGAGGUGUCGGCGCGGAGGGAAGCGAUUCGAGCCAGAGGCCAGCGCGUACAUAGGCCCGAUAACGCCAAUGCCGACCCCAAUGCUCAUGCUGUCGCCCUCCUUCGCAUCCUCGAAGUCGGGGCCCUCAGCACGGACAACGCGCUCAACAUCCUCGAGGUCACCGCCGUGAGGAGGAUCGAUCUGCGCAGCUCCGGUCCAGGAAUCGAGGAGGUCGAUUUCAUGGACCUGGAUCUGCCCGCGACCUGUUCGAGCGCAGAUGAUCACGCAGCAGACGCAGGAGACGCAGGAUACGACGUCCUCUCUCUAUCUUUGGUGCUCAACUACGUCCCCGAUGCAAAAGCGAGGGGCGAAAUGUUAAAGCGGACGACGCUGUUCUUCAGGCGAUCGCGAAACCAUUCUUCGCCGCCAACGUCUCUCCCUCUUGCGCCCCAUGAUGAACACGACGAGCAUGACGAGCAUGACGAGCACGACGAGCAGAUUACAGAGAUCAGGCUGUUACCCUGUUUGUUCCUCGUCCUCCCGGCCCCGUGUCUGGAGAAUAGUCGGUACUUGACCUCGGAGCAGCUCGCGGCGAUGCUCAGUUCCCUGGGCUAUUGCCUCGUGCGGGCCAAGACGACGCGAAAGCUGCAUUAUAGUCUGUGGCGCUAUGAUGGGUCGGCAGCGAGGGAUGAGUGGGUGAGGAAGGGCGGCCAGACGGUGUUCAAGAAGAAGGAGAUCAACCCGGGAGGGGGGAGGAAUAAUUUCUGCAUCGUUCUGGAUGGCGACGAUGGCUCAUAG